AUGGUAGUGGAUGUAUCUCACUCAUUAUCAAUGAGCGCCUUUAAUCGCAUGGGAAGGCUGCUUUAUGAUAUUGGUUUAUGCUCGGACUAUGCCCGAACAAUUGACAGACAAGCAAUUUCAAGAUCACAGCCCUCAUCCCUUGCUGAAAAUUUAGAAUUCUUUUCCAAUAUAAUGCAAGACCUCGAAAUUAUCCAAAAAUAUUUAUUGAGCGAUUUCAGUAAAUGGUCAUACUGCUCAAGCUCAGAUAUUUUAAUACAACCAUAUAUUCCUAUAUGGCUUUUUCAUGAAGAUCAAUUUAAUAUUAUUUAUGAAAAUCUUUAUGACACUGUUUCAAGAUUUAUCGUUACUGGAAAUUCAUUUAUAUCUGAAAUAAAAUCAAAUAUAACUCAUGAAGAUAAUGCAAAAUUUUUAAUAAUGAAUGGACUAGGAUAUACAUGGGACUAUUUAAAUAUGACAAUGACUGGAAUUGUAGAUUGCGAAGUAAAUAGAGUGAAAUCAACUGGAAUCAAUAUAAAGGCACUUUUAUAUGCAGGAUUUUCAGCAUUAGGAGCUUUGGUUUUAAUUGUGAUUGGAUUUAUAAUUCUUGUGUCAAGAAAACAUGAUGAGUAUUGAAAUUUUAUAUUAAAUAAUGCCCAGCCAUCUCUUGCUAAAUUAAAAAUUGCUUGUAUUGAGAGGCUUAUUACAGCUCACGGAGUAGAUUAUUCAUCUGAAACAGCUAAUACAUCUAGGAUUAUUAACUCUUCUAUAAAUAAGAAUUAUUUAAGGGAUAUGAUUUUAAAAUAUGAUUAUCAUAAAAAAUUGAUUUGGGCCAUCAAGUUGCUUGAGAAGCAGUUAUAGGCAUUAUUAUUUAUAAUCCGUUUAUCAUAAAUUAAUAAAUAAUUCUAAUUUUAAAAAAAAUAAAUUAGAAAAAUAUUUUCUUUUCACCAGGGUAAUAAGAAAAAAAUAAAAACAAAAAUUUAUAUAGGCUACAUGAUAAGACUCAUGAUUUUUUUAGGAAUCGGCGCUUCUUAUUAUUUAUUGUUGGAACUAUAUUUAUACCCUAAAUGCGAAACUAUGAUGAUAAACAGACCUAAAUUUAUAAAUUCAUUUAACCUCAAGCGUUCUCUUCUAUCAAGACUGCUUAUUUUUUCAAGAGAUAUUUAUUCCCCUUAUUUUACCGACAUUUUUAACAAAAAUUACGAAUUUCCAAGCUCAAAAAUUAUGUUAGAAUCAACAGCAAUAACCCUAUAUCAGCAAGUAAAACUCUUAAGAAACCAUGAAUUUAUGGACUUAAUGUCAGACGAGUUAAAAUCUCGAGCAUUUGAACAUGAGACAAAUUCCAUCCUAGAUUUUUCUCAAUAUGGGAUUGAGAAUGCUAUUAUAAGCCUAAUUAAUGAAAUUAUCAGUAUUUCUCAUAUUGAAAAUCUACCAAGUUUUGUCCUUCCGAUUUUAGUCACUUAUUCUGUAGCAAUACAAACAGAAAUUGGACAGGAAUUUGAUUUAGCUGAUAGAGACUCAAAAAGAUUUAUAGAGGAUGAGCUUAAGAUUAUUAUUGAUGUCAUGAUUAUUUAUUCAUCAGCUAUGUGUGCGCUAUUUUUCUUUUAUUAUUUGCCAUACUUGAAUUACGAAAUCAAUAAACUGAAAAAAUUUGCAAUAUUACCAGUAAUUUUGUCAAUGGAAGCAGAGUAG